GAGAAGAUAUGCAAAAAGAAGGGUGGUCACUGGUCAGAGAGGAAAAAGGAGGUGAUUCUAAAUUGGGGAAAAGUGAUUGGCUGGUUGGAAUUGAAUGUUUUGUAAUAUAAAAAAGGUUACCGAGGAGGAGCUCGGCGUGAUUGUGUUGCUAUCUUCUUAUGCAAUUUAGCCGUUGCAAUGCCUAACGUGGGAAGGAACGAUAGUGAACAUGAAAAUCACAAGGAUGGUAAAGGCAACGUUAAAGCACCGGAAACCGCGCACCAGAUUAGUAGCGAUUCAUGGUUUCAAGUGGCUUUUGUCCUAACCACCGGAAUCAACAGCGCUUAUGUGCUGGGAUAUUCCGGGACCAUCAUGGUUCCGCUUGGUUGGGUUGGUGGCGUGGUUGGUCUAAUCCUGGCCACCAUGAUUUCGCUCUAUGCAAAUGCUCUUGUUGCUAUGCUCCAUGAGUAUGGGGGGAGAAGGCACAUCAGAUAUAGAGAUCUUGCUGGAUUCAUAUACGGAAGAUGGGCGUAUACUCUUACAUGGGCUCUACAAUACGUCAAUCUUUUCAUGAUCAAUACUGGCUACAUCAUUUUGGCCGGUUCAGCCUUGAAAGCUACUUAUCUUCUAUUUUGGGAUGAUCACACAAUGAAACUUCCAUAUUUUAUUGCCAUAGCUGGCUUUGUGUGUGCAAUGUUUGCUUUUGGAAUCCCUUCUCUUUCAGCUCUUGGAGUUUGGCUGGGUUUUUCAACUCUCUUGAGUCUAGCUUAUAUUGUUAUAGCAUUUGUGCUGUCCCUUAAAGAUGGAUUGAAUGCACCACCUAGAGAUUUCAGUAUUCCGGGCAAUGGCGCCGGUAAAAUAUUUUCGAUCAUCGGAGCGAGCGCUAAUCUCGUGUUCGCAUAUAACACUGGCAUGCUUCCCGAAAUACAGGCAACAAUUAAGCAGCCAGUUGUGACGAACAUGAUGAAAGCCCUGUAUUUUCAGUUCACAGUUGGUGUUCUUCCAUUGUACCUGGUUACAUUUACAGGUUACUGGGCUUAUGGAAAUUCCACAUCAGCAUAUUUGCUGAACAAUGUGAAUGGUCCUGUCUGGGUUAAAGCUGUAGCUAACAUUACAGCUUUUCUUCAAUCAGUCAUUGCAUUGCAUAUAUUUGCUAGUCCUAUGUAUGAGUAUGCGGACACCAAAUAUGGGAUCACCGGAAGUGCCCUACAAAUUAAGAACUUAACAUUCAGGAUUUUACUAAGAGGUGGCUACCUCACCUUCAAUACAUUUGUAUCUGCUUUGCUACCAUUUCUUGGAGAUUUCAUGAGCCUCACAGGUGCAAUAAGCACAUUCCCACUCACAUUUAUUCUUGCAAACCAUAUGUACCUAACGGCAAAGAAGGACAAACAAUCAUCCAUGCAACAGCUUUGGCACUGGCUCAACAUUGUUUUCUUUAGCAUCAUGUCUCUUGUAGCAACAGUUUCGGCCGUACGGCUUAUCUCCGUAGACUCCAAAACAUACCAUCUUUUUGCUGAUUUAUGAUUUAGUCUUUUUUUUUCUGUAGUCUUUCAUCCAGUGUACCAGUUUUGCUUAGUACAAGUUCUAAGCUUGCUAAACAAAAUAAAAUGAAAUGAAAAUAUCUGGAGAGUUGAGAGUUGAGAUUUAAUAA